AUGAAUACCUUAAUGCUAGCAGAAGCAAAAGGAAAAAGAUCUCAUAUAAAGACAAUGGCCACGCGUUUAAAGACAUUCCUAGAUAACUUUCGGGUUGAACAGGGAUCAAAAUAUGACAUUUCUGAGCGCAAAUUGAGGUUAGCCGAGCUUUGGACUCAGUUUGACGCGAUUCAAUCGAUAGUAGAGACACUGGAAAAUCCCGAUUCGUCAAUCACAGAUAAGGAAACGCUCCUUGAUCUGCAGAUUAAGCAGCGAGAUAGCUUUAAAGCUCCCUAUUUCGCGCUUAUGUCGCGAUAUGAAGCAACACUUGAACAACUUAAUCCGUCAGAAACGCAGGCAGCUACGCGCAAUACAAAUAAUCGUACUGCUGUUUCAAGGGAGACACAUGUUCGUCUUCCGAAAAUAGAAUUGCCAGUUUUUGCAGGAUCAUAUGAAGAUUGGUAUUCAUAUCGGGAUACUUUUGAAAAAUUAAUCCAUGAAAAUGAUAGGUUAGCCGACAUAGAGAAAUUUCAUUACCUACGUUCAUCAUUGAAGGACAAGGCUGCAGAAGUUAUAAAAUCAAUAGAGACCACAACUGAAAACUAUCACGAGGCAUGGGCGGCGGUGAAAGAAAGGUUUGAUAACAAACGUUGGAUUGUUCAAAGGCAUAUUCGGGCAAUCUUUGAUACACCAGCACUUGUAAAGGAGAAUCAUGCUGCUAUGCGUGAGUUGCUCGACACAAUAUUUAAACACGUGUGA